UUUGAAAAUGUCCCAUCAUUCUUGAAUUUCCUUCUUAUUUCCUUUCCAGAUGCUAUUUACACGAAAACUUACUUUCCAUUUUCUUCAUCAUCAUCGUCGUCAUCAUCAUUAUCGUUAUAUUAUCAUGUUCUUUUUCCUGCUUUUGAUCAUCCCUCUCUUUUUAUUUUAUUUUAUUUUAUUUUAUUUUAAGUUUCAGAAGAUUCAGAGCACUUUCUUCUUCAAUUAUUGUAGUUAAGUCGGUACAAGACUGGCACACGGCCUUCACGCAGUGCUUCAAUCCUUAUCUCUCUCUCUUUCUAUAUAUAUAUAUGUAUGCACACACACACAAAAAAAAAAAAAAAAACCUGGUUAUCGUUCUUACAAUAAACCCUAAGCUGUGUUUUAGCUGAUACUUCGAAAUGAUGAGAAGUGAAGAAUAUGAUCGAGUUGUCAGAUAUUUCGACAAAGAUGGAGAUUGGAAAAUCUCAGCUUCUGAGUUAAGCCAUAGAUUAGGCCAAAUGGGUGGGAAGUUGUUGUUAAAUAUAGCCGAAGUUGCAGUGGAAGCAUUGGAUUCCAACGGUGAUGGGUUAUUGGAUUUGGAAGAUCUUAUUAAGUUAAUGGAAGAAGAUGAUGAAGAAGAGAAGUUGAAAGAUUUGAGACAAGCUUUUGGGAUGUAUGAUGAAGAUGGAUGUGGGUUCAUUACACCUAAAGGACUCAGGAAAAUGUUGAAAAAACUUGGGGAAUCAAAGUCCAUUGAUGAAUGUAUGGUUAUGAUCAAACAUUUUGACAUAAAUGGUGAUGGUGUUUUAAGCUUCGAGGAAUUCAGAGUUAUGAUGAAAUGAUCAAUGUUGUUUUUUUUUUUUUUCAUUUUUCAUGUAACCCAUUUCAUUGUUCUUUGAGAUUUCAUCAUUCAUAUUUCACUAUAUUCUUGUAAUUAUUAUUCAUGAUUGUUAAUAUAUUAAUUACUUCAAAUUUAAUUAAGAUUUAGAUAUCUUCAA